AUGACCGGUCCAAUUCAAUCACCAUUUGAAGAAUUGUUUUUAAAUAGGUGGUAUUUUCAAUUUGAAACUCUUUCAUCCGAAGGAUAUCCAUUGUGGGAACCACCUAAAGUUCGUUUUCUAACUAAAAUAUAUCAUCCAAAUAUUAAUAAAAACGAAGAACAAAUGGACACCAGCUUUACAGUUCGUACAGUGCUUAUUUCUGUGCAAGCACUUUUAUCUUCUCCAAAUCCUGAACAACAAUUUGAUAUGGAUGUCAGACUACAUUGGAGGGAAAAUGAAACAGCAGCAAUUUCAAUUGCUCAAGAAUGGACUAGGAAUUAUGCUUAA